GGGAUAGGCCACAAUGCAAGUUCAACACUCAGAAACUGAAGGACACAACCACAAAAGACACUUUCACUGCAACUGUCAGAGCAAAGCAGGAAACACUACGCGACAUCACUGAAGAAUCAUGCGUGGAAGAACAUUGGAAGUCUCUGAAGGCGAUUCUCAACGAAACGUGUUCAACGGUUCUAGGAAGAAAGAAGAGACAAGACAAGGAAUGGCUCUCAACGGACACUUGGAAAUUAAUAGAAGAGAGGAGAAUGGUGAAAGAGAAAAUGAUUCAAUGCAAGGACGGACAGGAGAAGGAGACGAUGAGCUCAACUUACAAAGCAUUGGACAAAGAAGUGAAGAAAAGUGCUAGGAAGGACAAAAGACGAUUCUACGACAAUCUAGCUACUGAAGCUGAAAAGGCAGCAGGCAAAAGGGACCUGAGGACACUAUAUCAGAUAACCAAAUCUCUAUCCGGGAAGAGAUCAACACAAGCGAAACCUAUAAAAGACAGCCAAGGGAACCCAAUUACCAAGGAAGAAAAACAGAUUAAACAAUGGGCGGAUCACUUCAAAGGACUCUUGAACCGACCAUCACCUGCAACCCGUCCAGAAAUACCAACAACAGCGCGCACACAACUGCAAGUUGACACCAAUCCUCCAACGAGAGCUGAAGUCUUGAACGCAAUCAAACUUCUGAAAGCUGGAAAAACAGCCGGACCAGAUGGAAUACCCCCUGAAGCACUGAAAGCGGACCCAGAGACUACAGCAGACAUGCUGACUCCAUUAUUGCAAAAGGUCUGGAAGGAGGGAAAGGUGCCUACUGACUGGAGGAAAGGUUACCUCGUGAAACUACCAAAGAAGGGCGACUUACGCCUCACUCUGCAAGAACUGGCGAGGAAUCAUGCUCCUAUCGACGCCAAGUAAAAUCCUGAGUCGCAUCAUCCUGGAGAGAUUAA